AUAUUCUUGAAGAACCAAUGCAUAUUGAACUUCCAGAUAUGGAUAUUCAUGAAGAACCAAUGCAUAUUAAUAGUUUAGACAAUAAUUCUGAUGUAUCUUCAUGUAAAAAAGAUUUUAGUUUCAUUGCUAAAAGUCAAUCUAAAAAGGGAAAGAAAUCGGUUGAAAACGAAAGAAGAAGGGGUAUACAAAAUCAUUUUUUUGUAGAGAAUUUUUUCUCUAACAAAAAAGAUGUCAUUGAAGACUUAUUAGACAAUGAAGAUUAUGAAUUAUCUGACCAAGAAAUUAAUAGAUAG